AUGAAUUUAGAACAUCUCGAACCGGUUCAAUAUGCUUAUCCACAAAUGUUAGAUUCAUGUCUCGAUUGUAAAUCUCAUGCAUUGGUCUGUUCAUUCAAUCGUUUGGGUACUUUAUUAGCUGUUGGAUGUCUUGAUGGUAAUUUGUACAUAUGGGAUUUUGUGGCAAAAACGAUAUCAAAAUCGAUUUAUGCACAUUCUUAUACAAUUUAUUCAUUAUCAUGGUCAAAAAAGUCAGAUUUUAUUUUAUCAUGUUCAAGUGAUUCAUCAAUCUGUUGUUGGUCAACUAUUAGUGGUUAUUUUGAUAAACGUAUCUGUACAUCGUCAGAAUAUGAUCAUACACUCGGUUGGAUAUCAACAUUUAAUUCAAGUGGUUCUCAUAUUCUUACUGGAAAUGCACGUGGAAAAUUGUUAAUAUUUGAAAUUAAUAAACAAAACGACGACGUGAAAUUAGUGAGAAAUGGACGAAUAAGUGAAGCAACAAAGACAUGUGGCAUACGACAAAUAUCAGUAUCAAAACGAAGUAAAUGUGUGGCAAUAUUAACAAUGGAUAAAAUUCGAAUUUAUUCUUGGACAAAUCUUAUCAAUGGAGGCGAAGAAAAUAAUAUUCUAAAUGAAAUGAUCUUUGAAUCAAAACAAAUUUUGCAUGAUUCAGUGAAUAAAUCCAGAUGGAUGAGAUGUUGUUGGUCAGGAGAUGGUGAAUAUAUUUGUGCGGCAAGUGUUCGUCAACAUCAUUUAUUUGUUUGGGAAGCAUUGACAGGUAGUCUAGUCAAAAUGCUUGAAGAUGAUCGUGGUAAAUGCAUGGCCGAUGUUGUUUGGCAUCCAUUUCGACCAAUGAUUGUAUCAAUAUCAGAUGGUAUAUUGUAUACGUUCUCGAGACCAGAAUUUGAAGCAUUUCCUCCACAUUUUCAUGAAAUUGAUGAAAAUAUUGUUUACAAUGAACGAGAAGAUGAAUUUGAUUUAAACGAUGAAGAUUUAAAAACAUCGACAUUUGUAACAGAUGCAAAGCCAUCAUUGAUGGUACCUUUACCAUUAACAACAAAAACAAAACAACAAGAAAGAGGAAUGAUAACGAGACAGUUGGAGGAUGAAAACGAGAAAACAAUUGAUAUUAUGUCUUUAGAACCAUUGAGAGUACUUUGUGAUGAUGAUUGCGAUGGUAACAAUGAAAAUAAUCAUUCAUCAAUUGUUUGGCAAGAAGAUAUUGUAUGGGUACCUACGGGACCUGUUAGUGACGAUGAAAAUCAAUUCGAUAUGGAUAACAAUAAUAACAUCCAAGAUACUAUUCCUCAACAUAAAACAAAAUCAAAAAAAUCUUUAACCACAAAUGAUAAACAAGCAAAAAAAGCAUCAAAACGAAAAAAAAAUUUAUAA